AUGCUUUCUUUCUUUUUAUAUCGAGCCAUCUGCUACACCGAUUUCGAUGAUUUCGAUGCAGAUGAAAGCGCCGACUUUUCCUUUUAUGUUAACAAGAAAGGCAGCGCUAUUCUUGGUGUUCCAAGAUCUGUUGGAGAACCAUGCAUCAAUCCAAGGUUCACAGGCGCUCUAAUUAUCCCGCCAAACGUUAGCAUGAACAAUAAGUACUAUCCUAUUGGCAGCAUUGCUAAGUAUGCCUUUUAUCAAACAAGAAUUCAAUCAAUUUCGCUUCCAGAAUCAGUCACAAAGAUUGGAGAACACGCAUUUUCCGGAUGCCAUUACUUAGAAAUUAUCGAUCUUUCUAAAACAAAGAUCGAAUCUAUUAAAGAAAACGCAUUUUCAAAUACUACUAUUCAAAGAAUUCUACUUCCAUCAACACUUACGGAAAUAGGCCAGUAUGCAUUUCUUGGAUCUCCAUUAGUAGAGGUAAAAUUACCAGAUAAACUUGCAAAAUUAGGAGCAUUUGCCUUCUCAAAUUGCACAAAGUUAACUACCAUUGAUAUGUCAUCUGCAGCUCUUGUAGAAAUCCAACUUGGCUUAUUUAAGGGUUGUGUUUCCCUUUCUACAGUAAAAUUACCUCAAUCUUUGAAGACAAUUCACAAUGAAGCAUUCUACCAAACAGCAAUUGAAAAAAUAGCCAUACCAAAUUCAGUUACAUCAAUGGGCAAGUAUACAUUUGCAUAUUGCACUCUCAUCUCCGAAUUUCAAUUUCCAUCGAAAAUUGCUACCCUCGGAAAAGGCUGUUUCUUAGGCUGUUCAUCUCUUAAGAAGGUAGAGAUGGCUGAUUUAGCAAUUGCGGCCUUCCCCAACGAUCUCUUCAGGGAUUGCACAAAUUUGCUUACAAUUAAAUAUCCAAAGUCCUUAAAUUCCUUUGGAGACUUCGCCGUAUCAGGUACCCAUAUUAAAGGGCUCACUUUGUCCUCAGACAUGAACCAAAUUGGCAAAGGCGCAUUCAGUUGGAACGUUUUCCUCCAAAAAGUUGAUAUUUCGAGUAUCAACUCCGACGUAUUACCCGAAGAACUGUUCAGAAUGUGCGCGCACCUUGAAACUGUUACACUUCCAUCGAAGAUCAAGCGCAUUCCAACACGUUGCUUCUCCCAAUGCAUAUCCCUUAAAUCCCUUGAUCUCUCCAAGUCAUCCAUUACAACUAUUGGCGACAACGCCUUCUACAUGUGCUCAUUAUUAUCCGAAAUCACUUUCCCAGACAGCAUUGUGACAAUAGAAGACGGCGCGUUCACUUCCUGUGCAUUCACAGAGUUCACAGCUCCAGCAUCUCUUAACAACAUCGGUCGCCAGGCUUUCUUUUCAUGCAGGAAGCUGAAAACCGCCGAUUUGGCCCUUUCAACCAUUGGCGAACUUUCCGAUUUCUCUUUCGCCAUUUGCACAUCAUUGUCAAGGAUUUUGUUCCCAGCGAACUUGACAGUUAUUGGUGUUUGCGCGUUAGCAGAUACAGCGAUGACUUCUUUACCUGUUUUCAAUCAGAUUUCCGUAAUCGGAUCUCGUGCAUUUGAAAACUGCAAAUACCUCAAAAAUGUUGAUUUAAGUAACACCGCUGUUACAAUUUUGAACGGAACAUUUAGAGGCUGUACAAAUCUCGCUGUUGUCAAGUUACCUAAUAAUAUCCAGAGAAUGGAAGAUUCACCUUUCUACCAGACCGCAAUCAAUCCAAUUCCUGUUCCUUCUUCAUUGACAAUUUUAGGAAAUUCUGCCUUUGCCAAUACAACAUUCAAUGGCCAGAAUAUACCUUCUUCUUUAACUCAUAUCGGCAGCUAUUGUUUCGCAUGGUGCAACCAGUUAUCAAACAUUGAUUUGUCGAAGACAUCUGUCAAAUACAUUGGCGACAACGCGUUCUACAACUCGUCAAUCAAGUCAAUACAGUGGCCGACAACUUUGAAUGAACUUGGAAAACACGUUUUCCUUUUGACAAAUUACAAGGAAUUGAAGUUACCAAGUUCUAUUACUGGUAUUUCCAUAUCAUGUUUCGAGAAUUCUGCAAUGAAGAGUGUUGAUUUAUCUGAAACAGCAAUCAUUGAUCUUCCUAACAGAACAUUCGCACAUUCAAAAGAUCUCAGUGAAGUCAAAUUACCAAAUACACUGAGAUCAAUAGGAGAUCACUGUUUCUUCGGAUCAGGAAUCAAUAGAAUUGAAUUACCAAAUUCAUUGAUGACAUUAGGUCAAGCUGCUUUUGGUUGCACACAUCAAUUGAACGCAAUCGAAUUGCAGAGCACUUUGGUAAAGAAUAUAACACAAGCGUGCUUCUUUAACUCAUCAAUUACAAGAGUUAAUUUGCCAUUAAACUGCACAAUCUUUGAAUGGGCUUUCGCUUUGAGUGAUUUGACUGGUUUGACAGGCAGUAUUUACCAUAUGGGAAGAUACGCGUUCUUCUAUUGCCACAAACUAGCAAGAAUCUCUCUCGGACAAGAUUGCAGCUUCUACGAUGUAACUGACCAUUGUUUCUCUCAUUGUUUCAAAUUGACUGAAGUCAAAUUACCUCAAAAUUUGACGGUUAUUCACAAUUUGGCCUUUUGCAACUGCACGUCAUUGAAGCAAGUCAACUUGGCUGAGACACAAGUCAGACAGCUUCUUUACGGUGCAUUUGCAAACUGCACAAAAUUAACUGGUUACAACAUCCCUGCAACAUGCACACAAAUUGGUGAUGAAUGUUUCUUGAACACUUCCAUUUUCUCUGUAGAAUUGAACAGAGAAGUCACAACAAUCGGAAUUGGCGCAUUCAGAGCUUGCCACCACUUGAAGAACGCUGAUAUGAGUAAGACAUCAAUCACAAAGAUUUCUAACAAGUGUUUCAGUGGAUGUUUCGCUUUGAAUGAUAUCCAGUUACCAGAAAAACUCGAAUUCAUUGGUAACUACGCUUUCCAACAUUGUGGUAUUUCAUAUUUCACAAUGCCAGAGACAGUUACAUUGUUAGGAAGAAUGGCUUUCUCAGGUUGCUAUAAUUUGUUGUCUGUUGAUUUGUCAAAGACAUCAAUGCAAUCAAUUGCUUGUGGAGCUUUCUCAAACUGCACAAAACUCAGCAAAGUUAUAUUGUCAAGUAAAUUGAUCAAACAGAACUCCAAAGUUCCUCUUUGGCUUUACGAAACAACAACAAUUUACGUGAACUUCUUCAACGAAACACAUCAUCCUAAUUACGAUCAGGAUGAAGUAAUCGCUGAAUAUUCAGAGCCACACGAAUUCGUCCUUGCACAAUCAGGUCCAUUCUCAAACGCCCGUUCUCUUCAAGAGUUCGAUUUGUCUGGAACUAAAUUAAUUGAUUUACUUCCAUGGUUCCUUUACAACUCAACAAUGUUGUCAGAAGUCAAACUUCCAAAUACAUUGGCAACAAUUGGUGAAGGCGUUUUCGCAAACACUGCUUUGACAAGGAUAACUAUUCCACCUUCUGUCCACACAAUUGGUCCUUCCUGCUUCAGAAACUGCGCCAAGUUAACAGGUAUCGACUUGUCCCAGCAUAAUAUGACAACUCUCGGUUCAUCAAUGUUCUUGGGAACAAGAAAACUGACAUCGGUGAACUUCCCUCCGAACACUGAAUCCCUUGGAAACUUCGCCUUCUUCAAUUCUUCGAUAGAAACCGUCAAUUUGCCUUCAAAAGUUGAGACACUUGGCCGCUCAUGUUUUGCAUAUUCCAGUGUCAAAACAAUCAACUUGAACAAGACAAAGAUUACAAAGAUUCCUGACCAUUGUUUCACUAAUGCUACAAACAUGGAUCAUGUUUAUUUGCAUCCAGAUACUACAACAAUUGGCAGAUCCAGUUUCAUGAAUUCCGGAUUAGAAACAUUGACAUUACCACCUAAAGUUCAGACAAUUGAGUCAUUGGCUUUCGCAGGAUGCCGCAAACUUAAGGAAGCAACAUUGACUCAUUGCAGAAUCUCCAGAUUGCCAUACGGAGUUUUCUCUCAUUGCACAUCUUUGGAAACAGUUAUUUUGCCAAAUGCUUUACAAUAUGUUCAUGAACAGUGUUUCGAAGGAUGCAAGGCUCUUAAGGCUGUUUACUAUUUCGGCUGCAAUGUAAUUGCUUCUAACGCGUUAGGCAAAUUACAACAAAAGACUGACUUGGAAGUAUUAGUCCUUGAAAACUAUCCACACAGAGAAUUCCUUGGCGCAAGAGUUUCUGCUUUCUACAACUCUGAUUUGGAGGAACAGUUGGAGAGAUCUCAGUGCGCAAAGAAGGGAGUAAUCAAAGACCCAAGACCAAUGACAAUACCUGAUCCGAAGUAUCCAAGAGUUGAACAAGGAAGACUUAUGCGUAUUACUUAUAAGGAACAUGAUUAA